CGUGUUCCUGGUCUGCGACUUCGUGCAUGUCUGCCUGCCUGAGAGGACCGCGUCGACUGGCAACGUAAUCGUAGCAUGCCCAAUCGAGCAAACCCGUCUCUCUCUAUUUCGGGAUUCGGGGGGUUUCUGCACUUUGGACGUAUGCAUGCACCGUAGGUGAAGGUGGUCUGGCUGUCUGGCUGUCUGGCUGGCUGUAUUGUCCAAUAGUCGGUAGGAUCGCGGGCCCUGUCCUGACUGUCCCGCUCGGGUUACGCAUCUGCGGACUAGCGAGCGCCAAGCAGGCAGCAGCGAACCUCACCUCUAGUAAGCAACUUCAACCACAUCUUUGCCCUUCCCCCCCAACUCCAAUCCUCAAACAUCUCUCCCAUCUGCUUUGCUCCCGCCUGUUCUUUCAGGCCUCUCAACACCAGCUUGCUUGCUUUUGGCCUGUCUUGCAAUUUAUCCGCCCACGCCGAAUCCUGCCAACCCAUCCCGAUCCCUGGACUGUCCAUCUGGCUGUCCCGUGCCACAGCCCUCUCACGCUGCGCCCUCUUAUACACCUUUCCCCCCGUCCACUCUGCAAGUGGACCUCCAACGCCCUUUUUGCACUCCCUCUCGACCUUCCACACCUUGUUCGUCGCCUACAUUACUGCUUGAUUGAUUUCCCACUUGUGCAUCUUCCCGGUUCAUGAAGUCUUGCACCUCGGACGACACUACACCUUUCGCCUCAAGCUGAAGCUGGCCAACCGGACCGCGUCAUUCCUGCCAGUCUCGCCCCGAUCUGGAAGGGUGGCCUCUUGCUCGGUGACUCUUCUCAACUUCACCGGGUACCACGCUGUGACUUUGGCCUUGGUCCGUGACUCAUAGUCCAUGCACUCGUACAUCAAGCAGUCGCAGCAUCAGCCAUUCACAGCCAAUAUGUCUUCACCCCACACCCACCCCCGCCGCCGCCCUAUUAAGGCGUCGGACUCAUCCUCAUCUACCCACGCCAUGUCCCUCCGGAAGAGUGGCACCUUUUCUUCUCCCAAGUCCAUCUCUUCAGACAUCUGCGACCUGGACAACCACCGCCACAUGCCCCGUCGCUCACCCACCAGCCCUGAGAGCUUGGAAGAGCUUCUUCUGCACGACUCCAAACUUCGCAUGACUAGUAUUCUUGCCGACAUUGACCAGAGGAUCACCGGCACCAAGUCCUCAUCCGACUCCACGGCCAGCAUCCUGCAAGACAAAGAAGUCCUUCCCCUCCCCAGCUUUCUGUUGGACAACACCACCAUCGAUUUCUCUCCCAUGGAAAUCGAUUCAAAAGACGCCCGGCAGACCUCGCACGAUCACGCUUCUGAUAGCGGACUCGGUUCUAGCGUGGGUUCCAAAGACGGUCGCUCCAGCGCCCGCGACUCGGUCAGCACCUCAGUCACAUCUACUGCCUCUGCCAUCACUGGUUCCUUCACUGCAAUCGGCGAGAGUGAAGACAAGCACACACUGGGAGAAUUUGCUUGCAGACAGAUUCACGAGUCCAUCAUUAAACCCAUCCUCCGGGAGGAGUCUUUGAAAGACUUUCAUCCUCUGAUCAGGGACGUCCCACGGCGCAUAGGUGAGAAAAACAUCUGCAAUCUUCGUGAUCUCGAAAAGACCCUUAUAUUUCUGGCACCUGAGUUCUCGGCUUCCCCGGCAUCGUAUCUAUCGUUCUGCGAGCGAUCCAUUCAACUUCUGUAUACGACUGUCGACAGCCUCUCCGAGUCCGACCAACGACUACCAUCCGACCGACCUUACACCUCUAACUAUUUCCUCGACUUGGUUGAACAGAUCCGCCGAUACGCCGCAAUCAUGGCCGCCACUCGUCAAAAAGAAGAGAACGGAGAAGAGCUCGACGAAAUGGAUUACUCGAGCAAGGAGACUCUCAAGCUGUCUGGUGGUCUCAGUCAUGAUGGCCACCCACUUCAGCUUGUCCGUGAAAAGGAUGGGAUGACCAUUCCUCUUGCUGACGACGCCCCUAAUGGAUCCUCGGCAACAAAGCGAGCUCUGGCUGACGAUGAAAUGGACUUCGAUGAGGUUACCCGGUCCAUGGCCCGCAGAAGAAAGUCCGACAAGCCGGGCGAUGUGAUGCACGCGUGCCGUGACUGCAAGAAAGAGUUCAAGCGACCAUGUGACCUCACCAAGCACGAGAAAACCCAUUCUCGCCCCUGGAAGUGCACUUUUGAGAAGUGCAAGUACUACGAUCUUGGCUGGCCCACUGAGAAAGAGCGCGACAGACACAUCAAUGACAAGCACUCGUCAGCUCCCGCUCAGUACAAGUGCCUGUAUCCGCCUUGCACUUAUGCCUCCAAACGGGAGUCGAAUUGCAAACAGCACAUGGAGAAAGCCCAUGGCUGGGAGUAUGUUCGCUCCAAGAGCAACGGUCGAAAGAAGACUCAGUCUGCUGGUAGCGACCAAGCUCCACCUACUCCCUUGACACCAUUCCUCAGUACCCCGCAGUCCGCCACACUGUCCACUCCCAUCACACCAUUCAUUCCCUCGCCCUCAAUGCCGUUGGACAAUGCUUUCGAUCCCUACAAUUUUGGCACUCCAGCGAUGCCUACACUGGCCUUCUCGGACGAUUUCCGACGAGAUUCAAUCACAAACACCUCCGAUGGUUCGGCGUUGACAUUCUCUUCCGGUCAUUCUCCAGUGGAACCCACCUCCUUUGAAGAUGCGGUCACACCAGAAGACACAACUAUCAACCAUGGUGAUGUCUUUGGCAAUUGCGCACCACCACUCAACACAAACUUUAACGACGCUUUUCAGCAACCAAUGGAUAACACUACGUUUGACUUUAGCUCGUUUCAGUACACUAUGGCCAAUCCGUCGAGCAAUGUGCCUCACCUCUCACCCAGUGGUCAGGCAGACAUGACUCUGUACUCGCCUCAUAUGCCUCUGGAUGAGGGCUUUGGAGACGGCAUGGACAUGGAUAUGAACUUCUCUCGUCCUACUGGGGAUUUCACUCUCUUUGGGUCUACUGGUCCAAAUGAUCCGAUGUUGGGGACAGCUGGGUUUUUCCCUGACAUCAACCAGUUUGGAGGACAGUUCGACAAUAUGUAUGUGGAGCCGACCACCACCUUGGACGAUCUCCUGGACUGUGGCACUGGCAAUCCACAGUAA